CCAAACCGACGAAGAUCAGAGAGGAAUCUUGCAGCUGAAGAAGAGGAGGAGGAACCGAACCACCCAGAGGGAACGCUCAGACGCUGAUGAGCUCAGAGGAACCACAGAGGAAGAGGAGACGGAAAGGAUGGAGGGAUCAUUGAUAUAACACACUCGCUCAUUAACCAAUCAAAGAGCUCCAAAGCCAGCUAAUGAUUUGACAGGAGGACAGAGCAGAGCAUCAUGGGAGUCUCCACCUGAACAUCCUCCUCCCAGCAUGCUGAGAAGGUUCUCCCACAGACGGGGCUCCCCGGGCGGGACGGGAGCGCUGCUGGGACCGAUGGCGAUGAUGAUGGUGACGUUGGUGAUGAUGGUGAUGGUGAUGAAGGUGGAGGCAGCGAGCACGGAGGAGCUGGAGAGCGAGGAGAGUCAGGAGCUCCUGGACGAAGACGAGGUGGCGAGCACGGAGAUCCUGGAGCCACCGUCCUCGGAGCUGUCCCAGGUGUCUCCUCUGAGCUCGUGGCUCAUCUUCAGGAAAAACUCCAACAAAGGAGACAACCGGAGGAGCAAAGGGAGCCGCAGGACGUCCAAGCAUGGUCUCCCAGGACCUCCUGGACCUCCAGGACCUCAGGGGCCCCCAGGUCCCCCCGCACCCCUCCUCCCCCAGCAGCAGGAGCUGAUAGAGGAGCUACAGCUCCGACUGAAAGACGCUGCAGCAGGCGUGUGCUUCACGUGUGAUCAUCAUCCUCGCGUCUCCACCUCCUUCUUCAGCCGCCUCCGGCAGGACGUCGCCGUCCCCCGUCGCAGCCUGUUGGAGCUGCAGCCGUUCAGCCAGCCAACAGGAUCAGGGCGCCCCCUACAGAGAGGGCAGGGCUUCAACAGCAGCACCGGGAGAUACACCGCCAGCGUCUCUGGGUUCUACCAUCUCAGCGCCAGCCUGCUGAUCGAGUCCGGAGACAGAGUCCAGGUCCGGCUCAGAGACAGCGUGAGAGCGGCCAUCUGCAUCGAGUCGCUCUGUCAGAGUAACCUUUCUAUCGAGUCAGUGAUGGGCGUGGCGGCUGCUGGAGGAACCUUCAGCAUCCUAGUGACAGGAACUCUGUACCUGCAGGUUGGAGAGUACGUGUCAGUGUUUGUGGAUAACGGUACCGGCUCAGUGGUCAGCGUGCUGCAGGACUCUCUGUUCUCUGGGAUCCUCCUUGGGGUCUAAACAAAAACACAGCAAGGACCGAUGUCAGACUAAGCAUGUGCAGACAAGGGACUGAGCAUGUGCAGACAUCCCGUGUCUCCUAAGUUGCAUCCCACACGUGCACCUCUCCUCCCUAAUUGGACGACUGGUCCACAUCUCUGUGGCAUCAUGGGAUGUAUUUCACAUCCAUGUGGCCAACAGUCUGUAGAUGGUGUUUGGCAAGGACAGGACCUUUCAAAAUAAAACUCAAAGGGUGAUUGGAUAAACAUUCUGCCUGUCACAUUCAUACGGGCCAAUCAGAGCGGGUAAACUCCAUCAGCUGUUGUCAUGUCGGUCAGGAUCGUUCAGUAUCUGAAACCAUCAGGAGACGAGCAGAAACACCAAGAGGAGCUUUCAGUGAGGUUCUGAAAGGAUUACCUAAACCACACCUGUAGCUCCUCCUCUUCCCCCUACGAUGAUGCUGAUUGGUCCGGUCACUGACAGAAGGAUCCUCCUGAUGACAGACGUGAAUCCAUCGUCUUUAGGUGUUCCACUUUAGAUAAAUCUCGAGAAGUAAGGAAACUAAACAAAGGAGAGAUGAAGCAAGGAAAUAUUUCUGUGGAGUGGAGAUCAAACUGAGCGUGUGUGGAAGCGUUGUCUCUCACUGACUUUAUUUAAGAUGACAAGUUUCUGUUCAUCUGCAGACUCAGCCUUCUUUCCCUUCUCUGCCAUGGUUUGUCCAUAUUUCUGAGCGUUUUCUAAAGGAUUAAGGAAACAGAACAACUAUCGCAGUACGCCAUUUCAGUAUAAACAGCAAACCAGUGAAGAAAAUGAAACUGACUUUUUUUUUUUACAUUUCUAAACUGUUUUUGGUCCCUGAGCACCAUCUAGUGGACAUUAAAGGAGCAGAGGUUCAUGUAUGUUAAACUUGUCUACAGGUGCCAUCAAGGGCCAAAAUAGUAAAAGCCAAAACUGCUGUGUUAAUAUAAUAAUAAACAUGCUCAUCACUGUUUUUAUUACGUCUGUGCAUAAACAUGACUAUUUUAAUCUUUUCUUCUUUAUUCUGAUAUUUAUUCUGUGGGAGACAUGACAAGUUGUGAAUAAUAUUAAAUAAAAUAUGCUUACUA